AUGGAAUCAAUCACGAUGAGAUUUUACGCCAAUCUCUUCCGCUCAUCAACACCCGUGUCAAACCCCGUUAUUCCCACUGAAAUACCAUCACGGAUUCUACCUGCUGAAGUACGCGCCGCAAUUCAGACCAUGAAGGCAACGGCUCCGGAACCAGUUUCGGUGGACCUCUUACGAGCUGGAGGACAUCGCCUACACGUGAUACUUGCGGAACAUCUAACGUCUUACCUUCAAAAGGAAAAAACUCGAGUGGAGAACCUCCGGAACAAACCUUCUUCAUAA